AUGAUGUCUGGACAAAGCACGCGACCUUUGAGAGCACUCAAUCUCAACGAUAUAGUUGAUGAAUUAGAGCGAUGUGAGGAUGAUGAUUUGUUGCCAACUCAAAUUACAAUUUUUCCACCUGAGAAUGCUAAUGCCGACGUCACAGAUGAGGAUUCUGGAGAUGAAGAAUUUGUUGCAUUGCAAAAUCUACUAGGCUCUCAACUACGAGCUCCAGCCGAGGUCACUUUUCAUAUGAGUUCCGACGAAGAAGAUGAUGUACCUUUGUCAAGUUUGUCAAAAAGAAGACGCACGAUGGAUUUGACUUUAGAAGAUAGUGACGCCGUACCUUCUUGUACUUCAGAUGUGUCAACUAAUUCUACAUUUGUUCAGCCUACAGUUCCCCGAAACCAAACCUAUAGAUGGAAGAAUCGUCAUAUUCCAAACCAUUUCUAUCAAUGGAAUGACGAACAAGGACAGAGGAAUAAAGAGGGCAAAGUAACUGUUUCUGAAAUGAAGUGUUUCUUGGGCAUCCUUAUGUACAGCGGGUAUGUAGUAGUACCCCGUAGGUUUAUGUAUUGGGAGACAUCGACAGAUGCCAACUUUAGGAUUGUGCACAACUCUAUGUCAAGAGAACGUUUUACUUUUAUUAUAUCAAAUCUCCACUGCUGUGAUAAUACAGUUCUUGGUGAUUCUCCUGACAAAUUCGCUAAGUUGAGACCUCUGUUUGACGAGUUAAAUAAAAUCUUUACUGAAAUGGCUCCGCUAGAAGAGAACUACAGCAUAGAUGAGGCUAUGGUUCCAUACUAUGGACGUCACAGUUGCAAACAGUUUAUACGUGGCAAACCAAUUCGUUGGGGGUAUAAACUGUGGGUUGGUGCUACAAGAUUAGGCUAUGUGAUUUGGUUUGAUCCUUACCAGGGAAAAUCUUCAACCAUUGCAGAAGGUUACAAACAGUUUGGUUUAGGUGGGAGUGUGAUUUUGGAGUUUGCUGAUGUUCUACAAGGUCAUGAUCCAACAUUGCCAUUUCAUUUAUUCUUCGACAAUUAUUUUUCCUCUAUUCCUCUACUGCAUGAACUUAGUAAUAGAGGUCUGAGAGCCACUGGAACCAUUCGUGAAAACAUAAUGUCCAAUUGUCCUCUCGAGUUUAACAAAGAUUUCAAAAAUACUGAUAGAGGUUCAUUUGUAUUCAAAUCCAGUUUGCCUACCAAUAUUUUGGUUUGCAAGUGGAAUGACAAUAGUGUCGUUACUGUUGCCUCGAAUACUGAAACUGUGGAGCCCUGCAAAAAGUCAAGAGAUUUUCGCAAGAACUAA